CCCUUCACGUUUUGCACACACUUACUGUGCACAGGUCUGAGAGCAGGUUUGCGUCUUGGUAGCGCGGAAACCAAAUGUAGGAACUAAUCAUUGAUCGCUAUGUUUCAGCCCGACCGGAUCUAAAGACCGGGCCGACGAGUAGUCGUAGUGCUGAUCUUUUCGGUAAAAUAAAUAUGAGAAUCAGACUUGUAACCUGAAGUACAAGCAGCAGUUAGCUCCGUGGACACCAGCCUGUUGAACUAGAAAUGCCCAAAAAGAAAACAGGUGCUCGGAAAAAGGCUGAGAGCCGCAAAGAGCGGGAGAAACAGAUUCGAGCCAACCGGGACCAUGUUGAUGUGGCCAGACAUCCCUGCAACUUCAACAUGGACUGUGAUAAAUGUCAGAGAAAACAGAAGAACAGAGCUUUCUGCUACUUCUGUAACGCAGUGCAGAAGCUGCCUGUCUGCGCUCAGUGUGGAAAAACCAAGUGCAUGAAGUCCUCAGACUGCGUCAUCAAACAUCCUGGGGUCCACAGCACUGGGAUGGCCAUGGUGGGGGCAGUAUGCGACUUCUGUGAAGCUUGGGUGUGCCACGGUAGGAAAUGUCUGAGCACGCAUGCUUGUGCAUGUCCCCUGACUGAUGCAGACUGCAUUGAGUGUGAGCGUGGAGUCUGGGAUCAUGGAGGGCGAAUCUUCCGCUGCUCCUUCUGUCAAAACUUCUUGUGUGAGGAUGAUCAGUUUGAGCACCAGGCGAGCUGCCAGGUCCUUCAGGCAGAAACAUUCAAAUGUGUUUCCUGUAAUAGACUGGGACAGCACUCCUGUCUGCGCUGCAAGGCCUGCUACUGUGAUGACCACGCCAAGAGUAAGGUCUUCAAACAGGAGAAAGGCAAAGCUCCACCAUGCCCCAAGUGUGGCCACGAGACCCAGGAGACCAAAGACCUCAGCAUGUCCACUCGCACGUUGAAAUUCGGCCGCCAGGCUGGUGCUGAUGACGACGAUUACUAUGGAGCGUCAGGGUACGAUUCCUACUGGAAGAAUGCAGCGUCUGGAGGCAGUGACCAACGGGACGAAUACGGAGAUGAUGACGACUAUGAGGAAGACGAGGAGGAUGAGGAAGAAGAUGAUGAUGAUGAUGAGGAUGAGGACGAGGAGGAGGAGGAAGAUGACUGCGAAGGGGAUACAGCUACAGAUUCCCUGGCUGAUCUCAAAUUAAAUGCGGCUGCUCCUUAAGACAGAGACUGGGGAGCCUGUGCAGGUGACCAUCAGUGGGUGCCAACUUGUUACAGUUCAGGAAUUAUUAGGGACAGACCUGAAACAAAAACCCCUCAAGACUUAUCAGAAUAAAAACUAGGGUUGGGUAGCAAAACUAGUGCUGAUACACAACUCGCAUUUCUGUGCUGAUACUUAUUCCAGUACCUUACUCUGAGGAAUAAAAAUAUUAUAAACAUCAUUGCAGCAGAAACACAAAAUUAAGCACCAGAGUAUUCAUCUCACCAGACAUUCAUUCAUUCAUUCAACGUUUUACAUGACACAUUUCAGCUGGUACCAAAAACUACUGGGGUUUCGAUACCCAGCCCCAGAGAUAACAUAUUUUCUCCUUUUGCUGUUACAGUCAGAGCCAGAUUAAUGCACCGGGAGGCCCUGGGGUGAACAUUUGCUGCGAAUCCAUUUAUUUUCCCCUUGGUAAACAGUUUUAUUUAGGAAUAUGCACCAUGUAAAUUUUGACACAGGGCCACAAGACAGUUAACAGAGUUGUGAAUAUGGGUGGAGCUGCUGUAUUCCAGUGUAAUUAUCACCUCUUUAAGUUUUUUUUCCUUUAAAUAAUAUCCUUAACAAAAAACAGUGGAGUCUAAUGUAACAGCCAUAUGUGGUUUAUAUUUAGAUUUUUUUUCAGCUGAACAAAAUGUCAAAGUAGCAGCACUUUGAGAUUAGUAGCUGUAAUGUAAUUACUACUUUUCUAAUUAGUUAUCACAUUACUGUAACGUCUUAUUGUCCCUACACUGCCAACAUGACCAGUUGUUGAUUUUAAAGUCCUUAUAAUCAGCUUUCAUAUUGUGCUUUAGUGAUGUGGAUUCCUAAGCAAAUCUACAGUCAUGGAAGUCACCACAAACUGCCCAGGGCCAAUCCGGGGCCUUCUGGGCUCUGGAUCAGUUGGCAGCUUGGGAAUCCAGCCCUGGUUAAAGUGUAACAUUAUGUUAUGAUCAUCAUGUCUUUAUUGUGUAACAGGGUUUGUUCUGCUGGGGAGAUUGGUGAUCAUUGAUGGGUUCCCCUGCUACAGUGCAACAGGUGUCCAAACAUUUUUGACGUUUGCCCAGAUCCUUGUAACCUGCGGCGUUUGCUGACAUGAUGCCAAUAAAUAAUAAAAUCCUACUUGACUGAA